UCACCGACCUUCGUAACAGCACUAAGGUUUGACCUUCAAGUGCUACCAACCUUCAUCAGUGGACAAAACCGCUGAAGCGUUAACAGAAGUUACUUGACAUCGGUUUUAUGGGUUUGGUGUUAUUCGGAAAUGUACUGUAGAAGUAUGCGCCCUGUGAGUCGUUCUGUACACAGAAGUGGCAACGUAGUUGGUAUGGGGUUAUUAAGAUCUAAAGGGAUGGUUAUACUGGCUGGUAACUCUCACCCUGAGUUAGUUAAGGCUGUUUGUCACCAUCUUGACGUUCGUCCUGGGAACUGUUCAGUAUUUUACCGAUCAAGUCGCGAGACGGAUGUUGAGAUUAAAGAAACUGUCAGGGGCCGAGAUGUCUAUAUUAUACAAUCAGGAACUAAGGAUGUCAACAAUGACAUUAUGGAGCUAUUGAUUAUUGCUCAUGCAUGCAGAUCAGCUUGCGCUCGUAAAGUCAUUGCAGUAGUACCGUACUUACCUUACUCAACACAGAGCAAAAGAAGAAAGCGUGGCCCUAUCACCAGUAAACUUGUAGCCAAAAUGCUCUGCGCUUCAGGAAUCAACCAUUUGAUCACUUUGGACCUUCAUUCAAAAGAGAUUCAGGGGUUUUUCGAUGUUCCGAUUGACAAUUUACGUGCUUCUCCGUUUUUGACAAAGUACAUUGAAACAUACAUAACUGAUUAUCGAAACGCAGUUAUUGUUGCUCGAAAUCCCGGAGUAGUACCUCGAGCUAGCAGUUAUGCUGAACGUUUGAGGUUACCACUAGUUGUUAUUCAUGGCGAAGAAAGAGAUGAAAGUGACAAUACUGACGGUCGCAAUUCCCCACCUUUGGAUCAAAGUAUUGUGGAAAAAAGGUUUGUUAUGCAAGCGUUUGCUUCUUCAUUGCAAUAUUUGUAACUAUGCCGAAAUAUUCAGAAAAUCUACUGAUUACUUAUUCUUUAUACGAUACAUGUUCCUUUGUCUUUUUGUAAAGUGGAGAUUGAAAUAAAACUAUGGUGUUAUGCAAUGAAUAUAUAAAGGCAAAUGAACCUCAUAUUUACAAUGUACACAAAUUGGCCUUGAACUUUUACCUAUGAUGAUACCUAAAGCUAAACCACCUUUAACCUUGGUUGGAGAUGUGAAUUCAAGAAUCGCUAUUAUAAUUGACGACAUUAUAGAUGAUGUAUCAAAGUUUGUUACUGCUGCUGAACUACUGCAUGAACGAGGUGCAUAUAAAAUCAAUCAUUCUGUCAGAAUCAACGUAGGAUCGAACACAAAUGUACCUGAGGCCAAGUUACCAUUCUACGUCAGCACGACGAGAUGAAAUAAACAAGAUUACCAAUGGUGUAGAAAUAAUUGUAUUCUCAAUGGUAGUGAGGAAGACUUACCACUGAAAAUAUAGUUCGAAAAUACAGUGAAAAGAUGCUUAUGAGGAAGCACUUGGAUUCUAGAUCUAAUGGAAGAGUGGAUGUAUCGGUUGUACUGUUAUCGACUUCGAACCAUGUCACUCAGGAUUUCAAACUAUUUGUCUCUGUUAUCGCAAAAACCUUCAACUAGGUGGGUUGGAUCGUAAAAUAUAUAGCUCAGACUAAUACUUAUUUCAUGGACUUACGCUUAUUCGUAUAUGGUCUAUUGUACCUCGAGGUAGUCGAUAGCUAUGUAUAUGUAAAACAUAUUCCAACUACCUCAGUCAAUGAGGAUUCACAACCUUGUCAACUGAUUUUCCUUCUCUUUUUAGUACCCUAUGUUUAGCCUCAGUAUUGCUUAAUCGGUCUAACCACUAUACUGGAGCAAAAAUCCAAUAAUGCCUGUGACAAAAAAUCACCAUAUAGAUGUCAUCUUUCAUGUCCAUGCUUUACCUCCAUCAAACAAUACAAAGCGGACUCCUGCACAUUAUAUUCAAGUAACAAAUUAAUUUCACAGCAGUUAUCAGAAAACAAAUUGGUGAUUUUUUGGCAUUAUGGACAGGUCAUACUUGUUUUUGAUCUGACGCUUUUGGUAGGUCGGUUGAUAAAAUUGUUAGCAUUCAUCGACCUAGUUGAUCCGUAUGUAAUACGUAUGCCCAACCACUACCUAUCCUUUUGAGCUAUCCUGGUUCUCUAGAUGCUAAAAAUCAGUCGAAACUCUGGGUGAAAUAACUGUCUUCUCCAUUUAUUUCAUGAAAUUGCGAAGGUUCUUGACAAAUUAGACUGAGGAAUUUAUGAACAAGGCUUUCUCUUGUUUUUCCUUCUCUGUGUAGUUCAACUGGAGAAUGUUUAUUUUCUAAAAUUAUUUUAUUGUCAUUUGUAGAUAUUUGUUAUUGCAACUCAUGGUCUGCUCAGUUUAGAUGCACCACGUCUUUUGGAAGAAAGUCGUAUAGAUGAAGUAGUUGUAACUAACACAGUACCACAUGAAGUACAAAAAAUGCAGUGUCACAAAAUUCGUACCGUUGAUAUAAGUCCAUUAUUGGCAGAAGCUAUCAGACGUAUUUAUAAUGAUGAAUCUAUGUCUUAUCUUUUUAUGAAUGUACCUAAAGAUGAUUAAAUCUCUUCUUUUAUUUUCACAUUUGUUGGGAAAAAGACAGCCUUAGAUUAUUUAUCAUUUAAAUACUAAUUCGUUUAAGUUGUAAAAUAAUAGAAUUAAUACUCUAAUUUAUUUACUUAUAGCCGUAUUUGCAAUCAAUUCUUUCCUGUCAUUAAUUAAAUAAUUCCUGUACUCUUAGUUAAGUUUUCGUUUUCCUCACUUGAAAAUUGUACAUAUUUAGCACACGUUGUGGUGAGUACUGGUGAUCUAGCUCAACACUAAAAUUGUACUGGUUUUGUUCUUUCACAAAAGCUUUUUCUCUCAAUCAAUCCUAACGUGAUAGUUCGCUUAUCCUGUCCUAUGAAUAAAGUUGGCAUUCUAAAUAUCGUUUUUUUUCUUGGUUAUAUUUUAUGUGCAACAACGACUUGACUCGCUAAUAAAUUGUUAUCAAGAA